UUAUAUUUGUACUACAUUAGAAAGUGCUCAAACGUAACUUUCAAUUUGAUUAGCGCAAUUUACAUAUAUCUGUGAGGAUUUACGGCACCAGAACUUUGUGGUAGUUCGUUCAUUAUGUCAUUGUCACUGUCGACGGUUUAAAGGGAGGGUACAUGCGGCGCGGAUUUCAAAAAAGCAAAUAUAUUAUUGCCAUUCAAAUACUGGUUGGACUAUACAUUUGCAUAUAAGUUAAAAAUGUAUCCGAAAAUUAUUGUUUUAUUUAUUAUUUUGAUGUCGAUAUCUGUAUUUUGUGAGGGAUCUGAAGAAAUAGAAGCGCGUGGAAAGAAAAAGAAGAUAGCGUUGUUCGUAUACUUUGCUGAUAUAGUAAUAAAGAAGAUAUUCGUUCUGAAGCUGAUCUACGCUUUCGUCUUCUGGGUCGUGCUCCACAAAGCGGGUUACUUCCUCUCCUGGUUCGCUAGCUACAUCAAAGAGCAGAAACACGAGUAUCACGAUCAUCACGACCACCACGAGUACGCUCAUCACGACUAUGGACCGAAUUACGGACCUUAUAGGAAACAGAGUGAUGGUUAUAGAUUACGAUAGAGUUGUGUAGUUUGAUGAAUGAGUUGAAAUGUAUUUUAGAUGUGUAAUUCUGUUAAAUUCGUUCAUUACGCCUUGACUGGAAUAGUCUAUGGAAAAAUGAAAUAAAAUAAGUACAUAUUCAAAAGUAGAACAUUGCAGAUUCAGCGCUGGGUCCACGCGAGUUUGUUUAAUAGAAUUACACUUCAGAUAUGAGAUUGUGAUGUUUAGCGGUAUAAUGUUUAUUAAAUUAUUGAAAUAUAUGUUACGUAUUUAUUGUA